CGAAAGCAUUUUAGUAGGCAAAGAAAAGUUUCGAGCUUUUUCUUUUGGUUUAACUUCUUCUUCUUCUUUGACACUUGUACGUUUUGUACCUGUCGUUUAUGUUCUUUAAGGAAGCAAAACCCAAUUGAGAGAUUUCAUUACCAAAAAUACAAAGGACCAAAGCUUCUUGUUUUGUUUUGUUUUUUUUCGGGUAAAAAGUUUAGAUUUUUUCAUAGCUUGAGCUCUCAUCGUAACCAAUGGAGGUCAACAAUGAAACCAUGCAAAAGUCAAAGUUUGGAAGAAUCUGUGUGUUUUGUGGAAGCAGCCAAGGCAAGAAGAGUAGUUACCAAGAUGCUGCUGUGGAUCUAGGCAACGAAUUGGUUUUAAGGAACAUUGAUCUAGUCUAUGGAGGUGGAAGCAUAGGUUUGAUGGGUUUGGUUUCGCAAGCUGUUCAUGAUGGUGGUCGCCAUGUUAUUGGAGUUAUUCCCAAGACACUCAUGCCUAGAGAGUUGACCGGUGAAACAGUAGGAGAAGUAAGAGCAGUUGCAGAUAUGCAUCAAAGAAAAGCAGAGAUGGCUAGACACUCUGAUGCUUUUAUUGCUUUACCAGGUGGAUAUGGAACACUUGAAGAGCUUUUGGAGGUCAUAACAUGGGCUCAGCUUGGAAUACAUGAUAAACCGGUGGGUUUGCUCAAUGUUGAUGGAUACUACAACUCUUUGCUCUCUUUCAUUGAUAAAGCCGUUGAAGAAGGCUUCAUCAGUACAAACGCACGCCAGAUCAUAAUUUCUGCACCUACUGCCAAGGAGCUUGUAAAGAAGCUGGAGGAAUAUUCGCCUUGCCAUGAAAGUGUUGCGACUAAGCUUUGUUGGGAGAUAGAGCGGAUUGACUACUCUUCUGAAGACUGA